AGCGGGCAACGAGUCAUCUGGCACGGCAGCGGGGCAACGAGUCAUCUGGCACGGCAGCGGGCAACGAGUCAUCUGGCACGGCAGCGGGCAACGAGUCAUCUGGCACGGCAGCGGGCAACGAGUCAUCUGGCACGGCAGCGGGCAACGAGUCAGCUGGCACGACAGCGGGGCACCGAGUCAGCUGGCACGACAGCGGGCACCGAGUCAGCUGGCACGACAGCGGGCACCGAGUCAGCUGGCACGACAGCGGGCACCGAGUCAGCUGGCACGACAGCGGGCACCGAGUCACUUGGCACGACAGCGGGCACCGAGUCACUUGGCACGACAGCGGGCACCGAGUCAUCUGGCACGGCAGCGGGCAACGAGUCAUCUGGCACGGCAGCGGGCAACGAGUCAUCUGGCACGGCAGCGGGCAACGAGUCAUCUGGCACGGCAGCGGGCAACGAGUCAUCUGGCACGGCAGCGGGCAACGAGUCAUCUGGCACGGCAGCGGGCAACGAGUCAUCUGGCACGGCAGCGGGCAACGAGUCAUCUGGCACGGCAGCGGGCAACGAGUCAUCUGGCACGGCAGCGGGCAACGAGUCAUCUGGCACGGCAGCGGGCAACGAGUCAUCUGGCACGACAGCGGGCAAAGAGUCAUCUGGCACGACAGCGGGCAAAGAGUCAUCUGGCACGACAGCGGGCAAAGAGUCAUCUGGCACGACAGCGGGCAAAGAGUCAUCUGGCACGACAGCGGGCAAAGAGUCAUCUGGCUGGAUUGGGUCAUCAGGCUGGACCGCAGGC